AAAACUCCUCAACUGAACUGACCAACUGGAGGUCAAGAGGAAGAGCAAGAAGAAGAACAAGAAGAAGAAGAAGAACAAGAAGAAGAAGAAGGAGGCCAUGGAGCCUGAGCUCAGUCUUUCACUAAGCACCGGCGAGCCGCAAAAGCAAAUGACCAUCUUCUACAAGGGCAGGGUUAGCGUCUGCAGCGCCACUGAAAUCCAGGCCAAAGCGAUCCUGUCUAUGGCGAAGAGGGAGAUAAUGGAAGAAGAAAAGAAAGUCAUGAUGAAGCACGAAAUAGUUCCACAAGCCAUGCUCAAUCCGGGGCUGUCCAUGAAGAGAUCUCUGCAGCUGUUUCUGCAGAAGAGGAAGGUCAGAAUCCACAAUGCCUUAGCGUCUCCCUACGCAGCUGCUCAUGCCAACCUCAAGCGCAUGCAGUGCACAGAUCAUAAUAUUUAAUUUCGGAUUAAGAAUUGUUCUUCUCAUCUAUCUGUGUGUUUCAAUUUUUUUUCCCCAACUUUUUGGCUGACAUGUUUAUGGUGGGAUUGAGGUUGUUUGACAUGUCAGAUUCCAAGUAAAAACUAUUUCUAGCCAGUUGAUUGUAUUCUACAGUUGCUGUACCUGUCUGAUGAAGACAUGCAUCUGUGAAGUUUGUUUAUAGAUUUGUCUUAGCUUAA